AUUAAAUAGGGAGGCGAGCAGGCGACGCUCGCAUCGCUCGUCCUCCUCCUCCCCCAAAUUUUUCCUUCUCGUCGUCGUCGUCGUCUCCAAUCUCUCGCGGUUCCUUGCCGUGGAAGCAACUCCGAAUCCAUCCAUUCGGGCAAAACCCUAGCCACCGGGAUCCCGAGGCCUCGCGGUUGCCGCUAUCCACUGGGUGUUUGCUGCUGGAUCCUUCACCAGGUUUGACGUGGCGGGCGUGGGCCAUUGGUCGCCGCAUUGGGGCGGCUAGGGUGUCGUGCUUGCUCGGAGGUGGAGAUCUGGGAGGAGGAGGUGGUGGUGAAGAGUGUCGUGCGGAGGGGCUUGGCUGCGGUGCGGGAGCCGGAGAUGGGGCGGUGGGCCGCCGGGAUCUGCGCGGUGGCGCUGGUUUGGUGGCUCGCCGCGGCGGCCGCGGGAGACCCCGAACCUGACGAGCUGGAGCGCGCGUUUCCAAUUGUGGAGCCAGAUUAUGGCCACACCAAGCUACGUCUCUCACAACAAGGUCUAGAGGCAAUUCGAAGGAUAGAAACUCCUAUUGCUGUCGUUGGUGUUAUUGGGCCAUAUCGAUCUGGAAAGUCUUUUCUCCUCAACCAGCUUCUAUCCUUAUCAUGUGAUAAAGGUUUUGGAGUUGGCCAUAUGCGAGAUACUAAAACGAAAGGUGUAUGGGUUUGGGGUACACCUGUUGAAAUGGAUGUUGAUGGUUCAAAAGUAUCUGUCCUUUAUCUUGACACUGAAGGAUUUGAGAGUGUUGGGAAGUCAAAUGUAUAUGAUGAUAGGAUAUUUGCUCUAGCAACUGUCUUAAGUUCAGUGCUGAUCUACAACCUUCCUGAGACGGUGCGUGAAGCUGAUAUAUCUAGGCUAUCAUUUGCUGUUGAGAUCGCAGAAGAAUUCUAUGGAAGAGUGAAGGGGCAAGAUGUUGCUUUUGAACCAGCAAAGCUUCUCUGGCUUAUCCAGAGGGAUUUCCUGCAAGGAAAAUCUGUUCAGCAAAUGGUCAAUGAAGCCCUCCAGCGGGUACCUAACGAAAGUGGAGACAGAUAUAUUGAUGAGGUUAAUCAAAUCAGAGAUUCGUUGGCAGUUAUGGGCAACAAUAGCACUGCUUUUAGCCUGCCCCAGCCACAUCUACAACGAACAAAGUUAUGUGACAUGGAUGACAAAGAGCUUGACCCCCUCUAUGUAGAAAGGCGGGAUCAAUUGAAGCAGGUCGUUGCGUCUAUCGUAAAACCAAAAAUUGUGCAGGGGAAAACUCUGAAUGGAAAGGAGUUUGUGUCUUUCUUGCAGCAGAUUCUGGACGCAUUAAAUAAAGGAGAGAUUCCAUCGACAGGGUCUCUUGUUGAAAUUUUCAAUAAGGCCAUUCUUGAACGCUGUCUGAAGGUGUAUAGGGAGAAAAUGGAUGGCUUAGGUCUACCAGUACCAGUAGACAAACUGCAGCAAGUUCACGAGGGGGCAAAUGAUCAAGCUAGAAUGCUGUUUGAUAAGCAGCACUUCGGUAAACAUCAUGCUUCUCAGUCAAUCCUCAAGCUUGAUGACGAGAUCAAAAAGGUGUACAGAAACUUCCUUCUAGCAAAUGAGUAUCAAUCAUCAAAGCUGUGUGAAGCACGCUUCUCAGAGUGUGAAGAUAAAAUGGACAACCUUCAAGUCUUGAAGCUUCCUUCCAUGGCAAAGUUCAAUGCAGGGUUUGUUCACUGCAAUCGAAGUUUUGUAAGGGACUGUGUGGGCCCUGCAAAGGAAAGCUAUGAGCGCAGAAUGUCAAAGAUGCUCGUCAAGUCUCGUGCUCUUUUUAUCAAGGAGUACAAUAAUAAGCUCUUCAACUGGUUGGUGACCUUCUCCCUAGUCAUGGUGGUUAUUGGGCGCUUUGUCAUCAAGUUCUUUUUACUUGAGAUUGUUGCCUGGGUGAUGUUCAUCUUCCUGGAGACCUACACAAGAAUGUUCUGGUCAGCAGAGUCAUUGUACUAUAACCCAGCUUGGCACAUUAUCGUCUCUUCCUGGGAAACUAUCGUGUACAGUCCUAUCCUCGAUCUGGACAGGUGGGCAAUCCCCAUUGCCGUAUUGCUAUCCUUUUGGCUUCUUUACUGGCGAUGUUUCGGUAGAAGAAAACGGGGCAGCCGAUCGUCACUCCUUCCGUUGCACAACAAGAGCUCCCACAAGAACUCAACUCGCCCGAGAUCAGACUAAUCCGAUGCUUUUUUCCUGAAAGGACAGUACAAAAGUACGAAAUUUGUAGAAGCAGAAGAUACUUGUCUUCCAUGCCGCGUUGGAUUGGAUUGGAUUGGAUUGGAUGGGCCUUCUUUUGGUGGUUCCCUGCCAAUGUAUCAGUGGUUCGCCUUUUUUUGUUUGGCAACGGAAG